AGCUGGCUGACAGCUGACGGCAAGGAGACACGACACGUUCGAGGUUCUCUCUGCCCAGUCCGACUUGUGUGCGCGCCAGCAGCAGACGACACCCGGCCCAACACGGCCACCGAUAAAGAUGCCCACCGCCACUGAGGGCUCUGCUCCCAAGGCCGCCGCCAAGCCCAAGGCGGCCGCCAAGAAGCCCGCCGCCGGCGACGCCAAGCCUGCCGCCGAGAAGAAGCCUGCUGACAAGAAGCCCGCCGACAAGAAGCCUGCCGACAAAAAGCCGGCUGACAAGAAACCCGCCGACAAGAAACCUGCCGACAAGAAGCAGGGCGCUGACGACAAACCCGCCGACAAGAGGCAGCAGACUCGGGCGGCCGCCAAGACCGAGGAGGUGGCCGACGAGACCCCCGCCGUGCCCGUGUACCUGCCCAAGCUGCCCGUCUCGCUGGCCGUGCUGAACACGCUGGAGUGGGCCAGCUGCGCCAAGGUGCUGGGCAACCUGCUCAACUUCACGCCCUCCUUGGGCGCCGCCAUCGCGCAGCUGCGGCCCUUCCGCAGCGCGCAGCACCUGGUGGACGUGCUGAACCAGGCACUGGACGCCCUGCCCGCGCCCUAUAUCGAGAGCUUCCUGAAGCGCUUCAACGAGUUGGCCCUCAUCCCCAAGGACAAGCUCACCAAGGAGCACAAGUGCUGUGUCGGCCUGGACGCCCUGACGGAGGACAAGAAGUCUGAGCUGACCCCCCUUUACACCCAGUACCGCGAGAGCUUCGGCUUCCCGUUCGUGGUUUGCGCGCGCGAGGCCAAGGCCGCCGAGCUGGCCUCCAAGCUCAAGAGCCACCUGCACAACGACAAGGCCGUGGAGCUGGAGAACGGCCGCAAGGAAGUCAAGAAGAUCGCGCGGCUGCGCCUGCUCGAGGUCGUCGCCGCGUAGACUACGUUAAUUGUGAAAAUUCUCCAAACCAUAAUCCCGGUGAAUAUGAACUGCAAUUCAAGAACUGCCAUGAUCGAGUUCGGAGUGUCCUUUUCCUCCUUGCCAAACCACUUGUUUCUAAUUUUUCAAUUAUUUAUGUUGAGCUUGUAAUAUUUUUGUGAUAUGCAAAAAGCGUAACUUAUUUUUUUUUAGAACUGUGCGUUGUAGCACAUUUGUGAAUGUGAGUUAACUGAAAUGCGACUCGGCAAUCUGUGAUAGUACUUGGUUGGUGGUCUGUUUUCGUGCCAAGGAACUGAAUAAAACAAAAGAUACCCAAAUGCAACGCA